AUGUCACAACAUCCGGAAGAAGGUGAAUCAUCAGUCAAUGAUGAAACACGAGCAAUCGAAGAAGUUAUCAAUGCAUUCAUGUACUAUGGGAAGUUCGGAACUGAGAAAAUACUCAAAACUAUUCAACAAAUGAAAAACUAUCCUCAAGAUUUUCAAAUAUUGGUUGUCAACAAAAACAAAGAGUUCGUUGAAAGUAUGAAACAGAGAAUUGAGCAUAAUCAUAGUAUUCUCAAAAUGAUCUCCAACAGUGCAUCAGGAAUGAUAGGAGAAAACCACACAAAGGCUUUACGAAUUCAUCAAGCAAGGCGUCCUACAGGAGAAUUUCUAUCCAAAGUGCUGAGCACGAUUCGUCAAAUUUGUCGUGAAUGGUCUUCAGAAGGGUUACCAGAAAGAGAAGCGACAUUUAAACCGAUAAUUGAGGAAUUAAAUUCAAUCUUUCCGACCGAAACAGAACGACAUAAUAUUCGAAUUCUGGUUCCAGGAUGUGGUCUUGGAAGAUUGGCUCAUGAUUUGAUAGAACAAGGAUACACAGUUCAAGGAAAUGAAUUCAGUUAUUUCAUGUUGUUUACUUCGUUUUUCAUUUUGAAUUGCUGCAAAGAGGUCGAUCAGUUCACAAUUUAUCCGUAUCUUUUCGAUAAAAGUAAUUGCUGGAAGUCAGAAGAUCGUCUUCGAGGAGUCACUUUCCCGGAUAAAACUCUCAUUUCUUCAGUAACUAAUCGGCCGAAUUCAUUCUCGAUGUGUGCUGGAGACUUUUUAGAAAUAGUCAAAGAUACUCAAUUCGAUGCAAUCGUCACUGCCUGGUUCAUUGAUACAGCAAAUGACAUUUUCAAAUACAUUGAUGCUAUCUACGACGCUUUACCGGAAAAUGGUAUAUGGAUAAAUGUGGGUCCGUUGACAUGGCACUUCGAAGAUAUCGCUGGGGAAAUGUCGAUAGAGCUACCGUAUUCUGAUAUUAUGCUACGUAUUCGUCAGAAGGGUUUCGAAGUUGUGUCGGAAAAAGAAAUUGAUAGCAAGUACACAGUUAAUCGACUAUCAAUGCUUCAAAAUCAAUUCAACUGUGCGUACUUUUACGCAAGAAAAGGCGGCCAGAAGCCACAGUAG